UUUGUCAGACCUGCCCCUAAGAGGCGGAAGGGGAGCCUGAUCACCUCCCAGACUUGCCCUAGUAGUUCCACAAGGGAGGAGGAAUGAAGCUGCAAAUCUAAGGCUUUGGGUGUUGGGCGGCAGGUUGGAGUCACCAUGUGACUGUGUAUGGGGACUUGUGUCUCCUUCAUUUCCUGUGUCAAUGACUAUGAUAAUUAGAGCCAACAGUCUCUGGUUAGUCUACCUCAGAACGGAGACUUUAAGAAAUAUUCCCAAGCAGCUGCUGAAACUCCUUUUGUUUUGGGGAAGUUCCCUGUCUUCUCCGGACUGACAUGGACUGCCUAAUUCUACUGGUGGGAAACAAAACAAAAGAAACCUGGAGUCUGCUCCUCUGUCUGAGUUGACAAGAUUUAAAAGUGGGAAUUCUCUUUCUCUGCCUUGUGCUGGCACCUUGUCUCUUCUGCCUUCCCUUCCCUCCCUCCUGCUUCUGCACCACCUGGGGGGAGGCCUACAUAACUGGCUCCUCAAUGCCUCAGGCACCAUCAACUCCUCUUCCCACCCUAGAUGUUGAGAAGUGAAGACCACCGAAGACAGAUUUCCCCACUAACAUUCCAGUUUCUGAAAAAUGGACAAGGAGCUGGAUGUCUUCAGGAGGGAGUUAGUGGAUGUUCAGGGUGUCCCCCUCUUCUGGAGCAUUGCUGAGGAGUGGUCCCAGGUGGAGUCAUUUGAGGCCAGACCAGAUGACCUUCUGAUCGCAACCUACCCCAAAUCCGGGACAACCUGGAUCAGUGAAAUAUUGGAUUUGAUCUAUAAUAAUGGGGAUGUGGAGAAAUGCAAGCAGAACGCAAUAUACAAACGAGUGCCGUUCAUGGAAUUGAUAAUUCCUGGACUGGAUAAUGGUGUGGAGGAUUUGAAAAAAAAGCAGUCUCCUCGAUUAGUGAAAACACACCUACCUGUUCAACUUCUCCCUUCUUCAUUUUGGAAGAAUAACUGCAAGAUGGUCUACGUGGCACAAAAUGCUAAAGAUGUGGCUGUGUCUUACUAUUAUUUCUACCAGAUGGCAAAACUGCAUCCAGAGCCUGGCACCUGGGAAGAGUUCCUGGAUAAAUUCAUGACUGGAAAGGUGGCUUUUGGUGCGUGGUAUGAUCACGUGAAGGGCUGGUGGGAGAAGAGGAAUGAUUAUCGUAUUCUUUACCUAUUCUAUGAAGACAUGAAAGAGGAUCCAAAGCGUGAAAUUCAGAAAUUGUUAAAGUUUCUAGACAAAGAUCUGCCAGAAGAAACUGUGGAUAAAAUCCUCUAUUACAGCUCUUUUGAUGUGAUGAAGCAGAAUCCAUUUACAAAUUAUACCACUGUAGCAGGAGUUCGUAUGGAUCAUUCCAUUUCUCCCUUCAUGAGAAAGGGUAUUUUGGGAGAUUGGAAAAAUCACUUCACUGUAGCCCAGUAUGAGAGAUUUGAAAAAAAAUAUGAUAAGAAAAUGAAAGCGUCUACACUGUCGUUUCGUUCAGAGAUUUAAGAAAUACUGUUCUUUCUCCAACUCCUUUACCUAACCCUUAAAUUAGAAAAAAAAAUCCCUUCAA